GAAGUAGAAUUAAUGUCAACUGUAUAAGCACCUCUUAUAUCAUAUUACUUCACACACAAAGCACUGUGAUCGCUUCAUACGUCUUAGCGUUGGCCAGGUAAAUACACCGGUAACUAGGACUCUCUACCUGUAAACACAUGGAAGCUUCGACUGGAAGAGCAGACAAACCAACAGUAUUACAGGGGGGUAACUACGUAGCGUGUUCCUUGCCGGAAGUUACAGCCCAAGCUAUGUGUACAUACGUGGAGGGAACAGGACAUUCCGUGUUAGAAGAUGAAUGCUGAUCAAUAAGGAUGAACAGUAUUUCAUCAUGAGAUAGCGGCUUUCACCAGGUGAGUGUCCCCAUCACAAAUGGCAGAAAAGGCUUCCUCUUUCUACAAGGGACAGAUAGCUGUCCGUGACCUGGGUCGGACGACAUGCACACACCACAAAGGAAAUAUUUUAGACUGGGUUUGUGAGACAUGCUGUGAUGCAAUAUGUGCUAAGUGUGUAUCGUCUUUACACAAGGGCCAUGACAUCGUUCACCUGAGCGAAACUACUGCUGACAACAAACGGAAGAUAAAAAUAUUCAUUGAUGAAGUCGGCCAGAAAGAGUUGAGACAAAUUCAACAGGAAAUAAUUUCUACCCGGGAAAGUCUUGAAAAUGAUUUGAGUCAUUUUGAGAGUGUGAGAAGAGAAAUGAAAGAGCAAGGUGAAACACUAAAGGAAUAUAUUGAUGUUUUGAUGGCCCGAACGCUUUCUCACAUUAAACAACUAGAAGAUGAAAAUGCUAACCUUCUCAAGAAUUACAGGAUAGAUCUCGAACAGAAACUUGCUGAACUAAAGGACCAACUGAAACAUUGUAAUGAAGCCCUUAAAACUGGCACAGAUAUCCAGGUGUUUGACUUUGUCUUUAGACUACAGACCAACAUUACACUACAUGCAGCACCCAUCCUUGCUUCCGCCGUGUUCAGCCCUAAUGUCAAGAGCAAAGUAAUGCUGGAGCAGGCAUAUGGAAAAGUAAUCGUUGACAAAUCUGGACAAAGUGAAGAUCAGUCUACAUGUCAACAGGAUAUCGACUCUGACCAAUCACAAGAAACACCAGAUCAUCAAGUUCAAGUUCCUCCACUGCAACAAUCCAAGAAGGAGAGUCCACAGAUGAAAAUCAAUCAGCUACCACUGUCCGCACUUCUGGCACAGAGUACAGUGCUUUCAGAAUCGAUAGUUUCUUCGGAAAUUGAGUCUAUCUGCCCAACUUGUAAUGAUGGUGCAUGGACGAGUGGACGGAUAAGUAACAUUGUGACACACCUGACCAGUCAAGGAGGCGUACAUCAGAAGAUACAGAGUCAUGUUCCGGUUACAGAUAUCUGUAUUUCCCCCUCUACACACAACCUCUGGGCAUGCUCUAACAAAGAAUACAAUGUCAUGGAGUUGACAUUAGGUACACUGAUCAGUAGGUUCAAAACCACAGAUGAACCUAGAUGUCUGUGUGUUACUAAAGAUGACUGUGUCCUUGUUGGGUCAAAACACAAAAUCACUGAGUACACUAAGGAAGGGAAGAAAGGCCUCGUCAGCAGAACAUACCUGUAUUUCAUGUGGAAUCCAUUGCUAAAGUCACCAUGGCGGAUGUCACAAUGUCCAGUCAGCAAGAAUAUUGCAGCAGUUGACAUGGAUCUGGCAGAUGAUGGCGGUAAGGGAGAACCAGCUGUUAUAGUCCUGAACAAACGUCUAAAAGAAUUAUUCAGGUAUGGACGACCAAACCACAUCAUCAAGUGUGAAUCAGGAAAGUUUUGUGCCGCGGAUGUAGCUUACGAUAGCUUGGGACAGCUGGUGAUUGCUGACACUGUCAACAGCCUACACCUACUUAGCGGUGAUGGACAGUACCUGCGAAUGCUGCAUACGGACAUAGCAAGGCCAUGGGUUCUUUGUGUGGACAGGGAAGGAGUUCUGUGGGCAGGGUUUGGCAGAUUCAGAGUUGAGAAAGUGAAACGCCUACUGUACACCAAUUUUUAAAUCAAGACACGUGACACAUCGUAACAAUCGUACAACUACUGUAUAACUGUCCCAUGAUUUGGAUGGGAAGACGGAUAUGUCAGGAACAUAUACCAUGUCAGAGAAGAAAGUAUGUAAUCCCUAUAGUGUUAUUUUUACGGUAAAUGAUAAUUGUGUAGUUACUGAAUGAGUUCAAAACAGAUAGUUUGACGGAUCUAACGUUAGAAGAAUAUCGCCAACAGAAUGGUCUAACGUUACAAUGGUGUGUUUAAACUUAGGCAUAUAUGUCAAUAUACCUUUUUGGUAUAUAAUUUAUCUCAUUUAUCAUCACGAUAACUGAAUGAACCGACGCCACGGGUUUUCCGGUUUCCUUCCACAGUAAGACCUCGCUCGUUUACAUCGGGACCAAAAAGAGUGAUAAAUAUGAGUUAAUAACUAAUUUCAUAAUUAUUGAAAAAUCAAUAAAGUUAGCAUAAAUACUUUAUAGGAGAUUAUAUUGCCCACAUAAUGUAAUCAGUAUAGUGUCUUUGGGAUUAUUUGGUAAUUGUGUAUGGUUUAAAUGUCACAGCUGUAUAUUUAGGAAGGGUAAGACUUCAAAACACCAAUUUACAUCUAUCAUUUAAAAAAUCACCCUUGUAAAAAGAAGUUAGGUGGUGUGAUUAUAUUAAACCAAAACUAAUUCCGGAUAAUUUUGUCUUGAUUAAAAUUAUAUACGAAAUUAAAUGUAUACGAUUAUUGCUAUAUAAUUAAAGAUUAUUACACUUUUUUCAGGGUUUGUCGUGAGAACCAAUUUCUCUUUGAGAGUACGUGGAUAGAAUUGAAAGGCCAUCGUAGGUGGAAUCGAGAUUUUAUCCAGGAGCUAGAUUCUGACAUUCUGACAUUUUCCCCUUUUUUUAUUGCUUACGCGGAUCACCUUUGUGCGGAUACUUUUCCUGGUUUAGAACGCCGCCUGGCGCGAGUAGACGUUUGAGAAAAUGAAUUCCCAAAUGGGAAAAUCCAUUCUGAAGUUGUUCUCAAGUCGUUCUCAACUUCUUGAGUAUUCUAAUACUGACAACACAUGAUAAUGAAUUUAUCAUGCCACCGUUUAUAUAAGAUAGUACAUUUUGUAGUGCAUAGCGAUGAUGAAGAGCUUUACCAUGUGCGAUUUACAGAUUGAUUUACUUAUUCUUUGAUAUCUAAUCAUCUCAUUUACUCUUAUUCCCUUUCAUACAUUGUAGAGAUUUAUUUUUACCAAGAAAAUAUUUUGUGAAGUUUCUGUUAAUUGUGAACGACCUGUUCGUCUACUUUUGAAUGGAAUAUUUAGAGAGAUGUAGCCUGGUGGACCAGGAAUGUCAAUAAGACCAUAAAGUCCGAAUGCAAACAAAAAAUGAAAAGAAAUCAAUAUUUUUUUGAUCGACUGAAACUAAAAACAAAGCAUAUACAUUUCCCUUUGAUCGACUUUUGUCUUUUGGUGAGGUAUCUUAAACUUGAUGAUGUCAUAGCAUGCUAUAUAGUAUAAAUUAGUGACCUCCAGUUAUUUAAAUUUUGUCCGUGUGAUCUCAACUACUCGAUAAAUCUAAAACAUUUACAAAAUAAGACGAGGUAAAAUUACUAAAAUAUAUCAGAGUAUUUCCCCUUUGAUCACCAGGAUAGGGUAGUGAAGUAUUAUAAGGAAAUGAGGAGAGAACAUUUAUACCAGAGUAUGAAAAGACUUCCUUAAGAGACCGGCUUUAGUAAUGCAUACAAAUAUCAAUAACAUUUAUCAUACGCACAUUUCCCCAUUUUAGUUCUAAGUCAUGUCAUAUCUUCAUUGUUUUUAAAUGGCGACAAAAGAGUAUGCUGGUAUAGAUAUAUUGUAUAUAUAUACACCGAUCACAUUAAGUCAUUAAAGACACUUCUAAGUUGUAAAAAGCGCACAAAGCGUAAUGGAACAAGUGUUGGUAAUGAAUAGGUAUGUAUUAUUAAUACUUGUAUUCUUGUAUUUUAAGAAGUGUAUGUAAAUUUCUGAAAUGCAUAGGACCAUAAUUAUAAAGGUUUCAAAUUGAAGUUUUCACUUUAAACCAAUAACAAAAAAAAAUGUUUAGCUGAUAUUAUAUAAUGACGACACAAUCUAUAUUUUAUAUCUAUGAUAUGAAAGUAUAGGCGUCAUAACGAUUGUUUAUGAUAUAUUUUGUAACUAAAUUUACAUAAUCUCACUUAAGUGGGUAAAUCGAUUACAACCAAUCUUGAAGGUCUUAAUUGAUCUGCUAUGUAUUUUAUGUAUUCCAUCUGCUUCAACGUACAUUUUAAUCCCUUAAAACCAUCUUGGCUUGCCUAUGAAACUCCCUUAAUACAUUACAAAUAAACACCUAAAGACAGCUCAAGUACCGGGACACCUAUAGUCUUGUUCUUCCUGAAAUGUUUAAGAGUUUUUUAUGUUAACAUUCCCUUUUUUCAUAUUUAUAAUGUAUCUUUUUUAAAACGUUUAAUUUAAAAAUACUAAAUAGAAUCAACUCGUUAGCAAUAAUUAUUACCAGGAUCAUCUACUGUUGAACAUCACGUUAUAGAAAAGCCUAACAAAGAUACAUUAGAACGUAACUCAUGCGUUAUAAAACGAUUUUUGUCAAAAGUUGAUAAUAACAUCAGAAGCGAAUGUACCGGUUUAGCAAGCUAUAGCCAGGACCUGUUUAAGUCGGAGUCACGCUCCAUGGAUUUCGAACAUAAAUAGGUUUAAUAUCAGUCCUGUUAUCGUCUAGAACAUGUUUAUAGUUUAAUAGACUGCCGAGAUAACCCUACAUACGCCAUAAAUGUCAGCUGUUCAGGCUAAAUGACAGUUAAUGUGUAUGUGAGGAUUGUCUUAUACCCAUAAAAAUCGUCUGCUUCGUUUUCUAGCUUACUUUCAUACAACAUAAAAAUGGGUUUGAGAUAAUGAUAUUUCGAACUAUAUACUCGCUUAUCAUAAAAUAAAGCUUGCGUGUUUACAUACAAUCAAAAUAUUCAAGGGAAAGAUUUGAAUAAAAAAAAAAGUUGAUAAUAAAUUCUACAUAAUUAAAGUUGUUUGAUGUGUUAUAUUUGUUUUAACAUAUACACAUUAUUUUGUAUUCUUGUUCAGGCGUAAGAAGUCACCUGUCCGACCUCGGGGGCUUUUCAGGCACUACGGUGAUCGGAUUUUUUCCAUGUAUUCCGGUUAAGUUCCACAUUCAUCUCAAUCUGUGCUUCAAUCUGUGCCAACAAGAAUGAUAAAUAUAAGUUUAAAACUGGGUCCAAAAAUCAUGAAACCAUUCUCGCGCUCAAGCAUGGAUUUUGUUCUCAAGCCCUAUUUGUUCUGGUUAUGAAUUGAUAAAAAACAGUUCUCAUUUUGUCAAUGACUUGGAACAAAAUUGAAAUAACUUGAAGCCAAAUACGGUUUUCAAUGUCUAUAUUUGUUAUGUGUUUUCUUUUUGUUCGUUUUGCAUGAUUAUUGAGUUACAAUAAAAUUGGUUUGAGCACAGAAUCCGUGCUUGAGCAUGAUAACCGUUUUAUGGAUACUGGCCCUGGUCUCAUAAUUGCUGUAUCGAAACAGGCCUUUAAGAAAUAUCAUUUGUUAACUCCGUCUUAAUACGAACUGUAUCGCACCAGAAGACUCGGUACAUUUCUUUGUUUAUUGUACUUACAACUCCGA